AAAAAGAAUACAAACAGCUGAGGAUAAAGGUGAUCUAAAUCCAUUUUCAGUAAUAAAGCAGAUGUGAAUGAAGACUCCCACAUGCUAGUUGAAACAAUGACUCCAAAAUCAACAGUUCACAUGGUAGUGUUCUUUCUUCAGCUCUGCAUUGUGAAGGGGCAGAUCAUAUGUGAGAGGCAAAUAAUUGCUGAAUGGCGAGUGGAACCAAAACAUGUUGUAAUGGAGUGGACACUAAGGAAAAAUAUAUGCACAGACUUUUAUUCAGAAUGCUGGAAUGUGAAUACAAAUUCUACUAGGGAAGACAAAAAUCUCAGUGUCCCUCAGAUAUGCCCUGUACAGCUUCAAUUGGGUGAUAGUCUCUUCAUCUCUUCUGAUCCAUCAUUUCAAUCCUAUGGUAUGAAUUUGUUAAAUGUCUCCAAGGAAGAAUUUAUUAAUUGCCCUAAAACUGGCUUUCUUCAAGAACAACAGAUUUUUGUUUGCCAGAUAAGAGGACUGCACCAAGUUGACCCUACCUGGCUUGGUGUUGGAACUCAUUACUUUGUGGAGCUACAUAAGAGAGGCCCACAUCUGUGCAACAUGGGCCUUCGUCUGAAUGUAACUGUGAAGCAGCAGUUUUGUCAAGAGACUCCAAAUGCACCAUUGUGCUCCAAGCAUGGAAGAUGUUUAAGCCAUGUUUGGGAAAAGCAGUAUAGUUGCCACUGUUUCUCACAGUAUUCUGGAAAAUUCUGCCAGAAGUUUAAUGUGUGCUCCACUAAACCUUGCCAUAACAAUGCCUCUUGUACUGAGAAAUCAGAAGGCACCGGAAAGUCAUAUGAAUGCACUUGUCCUCCAGAGUUUUCAGGUAAAAAUUGUACAGAAAUAGUUGGACAAUGCCAACCACAUACUUGUUUCAAUGGCAACUGCAGCAAUGUAACUCCAAACACCUUUCUUUGUGAAUGUGACAAGGGCUUUACAGUCUGCAUGCUUCCUUCAGAGCUGAAAUCUACUCUGGCAGAUGAAACUCUUCCAUGA